ACGGUUUGCAGUUAGUCAAUUCGGUACUAUAGGAAACGUAGAGAGCUCAUAGACAGCGCUGUACAAAUAUUAUACUACAGUAUUUUAUACAAUACAUAACAAGCUGGUAAGUCACCAACACACAUUUACAAAUUCACAGAAAAACGGGACAAUGGAUAAGUCAAUUUUCAAGGAACUUCAAACAAAAAUUGAUCAUGAGACUUCUUUGCGAGACGAAUUAAGUUCGCGUGUUGAAACUAUUGAUCAGGAAACAAAAGUUUUACGUCUCUUGCUUGGAGAAGUUGAGAUUUCAAAUAACGAAGUAUCCAUUGAUAUUACAAGGAGUACAGAGGUUAUCAAAGUGAAAAUCCAAGAAUUAGCUAAGUUGGCAUCUGAACAUUCUUACUACAAAUAUGUUAAUGUCUGGGACAGAACUAUUCAAGAAGUCGCGUGCUUGAUCUUGUUAGCAACUUGGAGGGGAGCUCUUCGUGGACAUGAAGACAAGAAAUACCAAAUCUUGACUUUGGAAGAAGUCGGUCAAAUUUUGAACGUUCCUGUAUAUCCCGAAGAAGUUAAGUUUCACAUUUCUAUCGAGGAGUAUUUGCAUGGUGUUUUGUCCAUUAGUUCUGAACUGGCAAGGUUUUCUGUCAAUGCUGUUAUCCAUGGCAAUAAAGAGGUUCCUUUAAAAUCACUUCAAACUAUUGAAAACGUACAUUCUUCCUUUCAAUUGUUAUCUUUAAAGAACGACUCCUUGCGUCGUCAUUUUGACAGCUUAAAAUACCAACUCAAACGAGCGGAAGAUGUGGUUUACGAUAUGAGAAUUCACAAUUUGCUAGACUAAUAAAAAUUGUUCUAUGACGGAAAA